GACUUAUUAAAUAUGUUCCGUCAUACAAGUUGUACAUGUAGCCAGUAGUUAUGGACACGUUUGCCAUCAUUUUUCGGAUUAUUGCCUUUACUCUGUUAUUUGCGCUCUUUCUCAACAUUUGUGUCAACAAUUAUUUAUACAUUAUUUCAUUUGUAAUACUAAAGAUAACUCAUAGUUACGUGGAGAAAAAAUACAAAAACAGUUUACCUGUGAGUAACAAAGCAAUCCUUAUUACAGGCUGCGAUACAGGUUUUGGAUAUUAUUUAGCAAAUAGAUUAGCUAAUAAGGGUUUUACUGUUUUUGCUGGUGUUUUAAACAUAAAGGAGAAUGGUGCCAUCAAUUUGAACGACCGAAAGUUAUCAAAUUUACAUGUUGUGGAGCUGAACGUUACAAAAAUAGAACAUAUACAAGAAGCGGUAUUAAAAGUACAGAUGACCUCUGCAGGAUUAUGGGGCAUAGUAAAUAAUGCAGGGAUUGAUUUACCUGGUGAACUUGAAUUGUGUACUUUAAAUUUAUACAGGAAGGUUAUCGAGGUGAAUUUGUAUGGACAGUUGGCUAUUACAAAGGCUUUUUUACCAAUGAUUCGAAAAUCAAAAGGUAGAAUUGUCAAUGUUUCUAGUGUCCUAGGCAGACAAACCUGGCCUGCACGAUCUGCAUAUCAAAUUAGUAAACACGGUAUAGAGACUAUAUCAGACUCUUUGAGAUUAGAAAUGAUCAAGUUUGGUGUCGGUGUAUCAAUUAUUGAACCCGGAGUUUACAGUCAUAUCACUAGCAUAAAUUCUGAAUCAGCCUGUGAUCGACUUAAACAACAAAUUGGUCAGAUGUGGGAAGAAGCUUCUGCAGAAGUGAGAGAGCUGUACGGAAAGGAUUAUUUCUAUCGCGCAAGUAAAAGGUAUACCGAACAGUGCUCAAGGAUUGACCCGACACUUGAUACAGAAAAAGCUGUGGAACCUGUGACAGAUGCUAUGGAGGAUGCUUUGAUUAAUGUUCAUCCUAAACCUAGAUACUUGGUCGAUGGUGGAACUGGCAUGUUUGAUGGCUAUUCUAUGUAUGCUCGAAUCUAUAACUUCUUGCCAGAAUACAUCAAUGACUUUCUUUUGAAGAUAAAGACAGGAUGUUAUAAUAAGAUAAACAAAGUCAAAAAUUAAUUUCCAUGCAGCAUUGUUAAAUGUUUGUACACAAAAUGCAAGAGAUGAUUAAAUUUGUAAGGCUG